GCCCCUUGCGAAGUUGCGACCCAUUCUGUGAGAGAGAGGGUGUAGAGAGCAAGAUCAUCUCUAUAUUCCGAAACGCUGUCCUGAGUCGUUAUAUCGCGGAUACUCACAUAGCAAACAUGGUACUGGACCUGGAUCUAUUUCGUGAGGACAAGGGGGGACAACCAGAGCUUGUGAGGGAGACACAGCGAAAACGAUUUAAAGAUCCGGAGCUAGUGGAGGCCCUUCUCAAAUCAGACACUGCAUGGAGAAGAUGCAGGUUUCAGACGGACAAUCUUAACAAACAGAAAAAUCUGUGCAGCAAAACAAUUGGUGAAAAGAUGAAGAAGAAGGAGCCAAUAGGCGAUAGUGACAUUCUUCCAGAAAAUGCUCAGAAUUUGGAUCAGCUAACUGCAGAACUCCUUACUGGUCUGUCAGUAACACAGAUAAAAAGUUACGAGUUCCUAGUAGAGGAGCAAUAGUGGCAACAGAUGCAGAGCGAGUGAGGACUAGAAGCUGAGAGGUUUGAGAGUCUGCGUGAGAUUGGAAACUUGCUUCGAUCACAUCUGGUCCCGAUCAGUAAUGAUGAGGACAAGGAUAACAAAGUAGAGCGCACCUUUGGAGACUGUGAGGUGAGGAAGCGAUAUUCCCAUGUGGAUCUUGUGGUCAUGGUAGAUGGCUUUGAAGGAGAAAAAGGAGCGGUUGUUGCUGGGAGCCGAGGGUACUUCUUAAAGGGACCGCUGGUAUUUCUUGAGCAAGCCAUUAUUCAGCUUGCCCUGCAGACCCUGGCAGCUAAGGGAUACACCCCAAUCUACACCCCAUUUUUCAUGAGGAAAGAGGUGAUGCAGGAAGUAGCCCAACUCAGCCAGUUUGAUGAGGAGCUGUACAAGGUAUGCUCAUGGUAAUUGGGAAAGGGCAGUGAGAAGUCUGAUGACAGUUCCGUUGAUGAGAAAUACCUGAUUGCCACUUCAGAACAGCCGAUUGCUGCACUACACAGAGACGAAUGGCUUAAACCUGAGGACCUUCCCAUCAAAUAUGCUGGACUAUCAACCUGCUUUCGCCAGGAAGUAGGAUCUCAUGGUAGAGACACACGAGGCAUCUUCAGGGUGCACCAGUUUGAGAAAGGUGAGCAGUUUGUAUAUGCCUCCCCUCAUGACAACAAAUCUUGGGAAGUUUUGAAGAGAUGAUUGGAACAGCAGAAGAGUUUUUAUAAAUUGUUGGGUAUCCCAUACCGUAUUGUCAACAUUGUGUCAGGUGCUCUGAAUCAUGCAGCUAGUAAGAAACUAGAUUUAGAGGCCUGGUUUCCAGGAUCUGAAGCUUUCAGAGAGCUGGUCUCUUGUUCCAACUGCACAGAUUACCAGGCUCGACGGUUGCGUAUCCGCUAUGGGCAGACAAAGAAAAUGAAUGACAAGGUAGAAUUUGUGCACAUGUUAAAUGCCACUAUGUGCGCCACUACACGCACUAUCUGCGCCAUACUAGAGAACUAUCAAACUGACGAGGGAAUCAUUGUACCAGAGAAACUUAGGGACUUCAUGCCACCUGGUCUAAAGGAGAUAAUUAAAUUUGUAAAACCAGCCCCCAUCGACCUGGAAAUUACAAAGAAACAGAAAAAACAGCAAGAUGGAAAAAAAAAGAAUGAACCCAGCAAUUUAGAGAUUAAGCUGCAGAAUAUGGAAGUGAAUAGCUCUUAAAUCAUACUUCUCCUUGUCCUGCACGUCCUAUCUUAAUGUUUUUCCCAUCCUAAUGUUCCACAAUUUAUUGGAGGUGUGAUGAGGACUUCUUUUAAUGCCGCCACCUCCUUCUCUGUCUCUGACAAAUCAUUGCUGCUAUCUGCAAAGAGAUGAGAGAAUUUCAAUGUUUCUUGCCCUGUAAAUCUAAUUGGGUUUGCAAUGAGAAGCUGAAAGAAAAAGAAUGUAAUAAAUAAGACAGUUGUUAUGA